GCCACACUGUAAAUCAUCAUUAAUGCCUUCAAACAUUCUUGAUCAUAAAUGAAGGAAAUGGCAGCACACUAGUAUAUGCAUAUCAAAUAUCUAGAUGAUUACCAAAUAAAAGGUCCGAUAAGUUUUCUUUCUGAAGACAUCAAUCUUCCUUGGAGAGUGAAGCAACACUGAUGUGUCUUUAUACAUAUCAUCUUAGUUCGGGUCUCAUCAUCUUGUGGCAAUUGCACAGGGAUCAUUCAAAAAAGGGUUAUAAAACAGAAACUAAGACAUGGAAAAGGAGAACGGAAAUGAGAAAUCUGAAGCUCAAAUUCGCCUUUAUGCCAUCAAAAAGAUUAAGCAUUCACAUGUUCUCAAACAUUGACGCAUGAAAGCAUUGGUUUCCAGCAAAAGCAUACACCAUCAAAACUGCUACAUCGCCCUUGCAAGAGAGCAAGAUCGAUGAAGCACCUUUGAUAGGGACAAAAAGCGCCUUCCAUGUCGAGUUUAAACAUCAUCCCCAUGGAUGAUCAUUCAGCACCACUUUAAAGAGUCUAGGGACUAACUUAGCACUUGAAAGCAAAUACACCAACCAGUGACUCAUGGAAAAAGUGAUUACUCUCAAAGGCACAAGCAUUCCAAGCAACUCCAUCACCAUUGCAGAACUCCAACAAAAAGGACUCCCGGGAAUACUGAAACCAAUAAGAAUUAGAACAGCAAAAAAUGAAGAACAAUUUAGGAGGAGAAAUACGGAUCAGGAGCGACGGUGGAAGAGGAGCAGUAGCUGGGGGAAGAACGUCGGGAGGCUUUGCGACAAGGACGGGAGCAGCGGCGAAGGGGCUUCGCUCGAUUCUAGGGCAGCAAAGUUUCUCCGCACGGUCUCAGAAACACUAGAGAUUAGGGCGCGGCUUCUAGCCGGACAAUGAGGUAAUAACAGUCGCGAACGCGGGGCCGCGGCGGUGCGCGAAAGCGAAAAAACAAAGAUGUGCGUCGCGGUUUGGGGCCGCACCACUCGAAAAAAGCGCCCCAAACGGUAGCGACGGCUGCGGCACUGUAUGCUAGAGCUCUCCAUUACCAAAGCUUCAAUUCCGCGAUCCGGCGGCCGACUCUCCUCCUCCUUGCGUUGUGGAAAUCGUUGGCGCAUUGCAUCCUCGCCGGUGUAGACCAUUUCAGUGGCAGCAUCCACCUUCCACGAUGGUUGAUUGCUCUAUUAAAUAUCACCAUUGAAUUUUAGCGGUAAAAGGUGCGUAAUUUUCUAUGUUGGAGUUCACUUUUUCUUUCUUUCGUCUUCGCCAAAGAUUUUUUUUUUUUCUUUAAUUCAAUUACUAUCAGAAUGUGCAUAAAUGUUGACUUCUUCAUGUAUGUUUAGUCUUAUUUGCGAGGUGGUUUUAUGAAUAUCAAUGGCUGUGUAAUUCUCUCCGUCAUCACUUCAACUGAAAUUAUCCAUCACAUGGGUCU